AUGAUGCCGGAUCAGAUCUCAGUGUGCGAGUUCCUCUUGGAGACCACCGAGGACUACAACUCCCCCACCACGUCCAGCUUCACCACCCGGCUGCAGAGCUGCAGGAACACCGUGGGAAUCCUGGAGGAGGUCCUGGAUCAGGACCGCUCCGCUCUGCAGAAGGUCAAGAAGUCCGUUAAAUCCAUCUACAGCUCAGGACAAGAGCAUGCUGGGAACCAGGAGAACUUCAGUCAGGGUCUGGAGCGACUGGGAGGAAACAGCUGUGAACUGGGAGCUGCCUUUGUUAAGUUCUCAUGCCUCGUUAAAGAACUGGCUGCUCUGCUCAAUAACCUGCUGCAGAGUCUGAGUCAUAACUUGGUCUUCACUCUGGACUCUCUGUUGAAAGGAGAUCUGAAGGACGUUAAAGGGGACCUGAAGAAGCCUUUCGACAAAGCCUGGAAGGACUACGAGACCAAGCUCACAAAGAUCGAGAAGGAGAAGAGAGAACACGCCAAACAACACGGGAUGAUCCGGACCGAGAUCACGGGAGCUGAAGUCGCUGAGGAGAUGGAGAAGGAGAGGAGGCUGUUCCAGCUGCAGAUGUGUGAGUAUCUGAUCAAAGUCAAUGAGAUUAAAACCAAGAAGGGAGUGGACCUGCUGCAGAACCUCAUAAAGUAUUACCACGCUCAGUGCAACUUUUUUCAGGACGGUUUGAAAACAGCCGACAACCUGAAGCAGUACAUUGAGAAACUGGCUGCUGACCUGUCCAACAUCAAACAGAGUCAGGAUGAAGAAAAGAAACAGCUGACAGCUCUCAGAGACCUCAUCAAGAGCUCCUUACAGCUGGACCAGAGGGAGUCCAGGAGAGACUCCCAGAGUAAACACAGUGGCUACAGUAUGCACCAGCUGCAGGGAAACAAGGAGUUUGGCAGUGAGAAGAAAGGAUACCUGCUGAAGAAGAGUGACGGGCUGAGGAAGGUGUGGCAGCGGAGGAAAUGUUCAGUGAAAAGCGGCGUCCUGACGAUCUCUCAUGCAACAUCCAACAGACAGCCUGUCAGACUGAACCUGCUCACCUGUCAGGUGAAACCCAGCGCAGAGGACAAGAAAUGCUUUGACCUGAUCUCCCAUAAUCGGACGUACCAUUUCCAGGCUGAAGAUGAGCAGGAGUUUAUCAGCUGGGUGUCUGUGCUGACCAACAGUAAGGAGGAGGCCCUGAAUGUGGCGUUGCAGGGCGGAGGUCAGAGUUCAUGUGUGGAGGAGGAGGAACUCACCAAGAGCAUCAUUGACGAGGUGCUGCGGUCGCCAGGCAACGACACCUGCUGUGACUGUGGAGCUGCAGAUCCUCGGUGGCUCUCCACUAACCUGGGUGUUCUGACCUGCAUCGAGUGCUCAGGGAUCCACAGGGAGAUGGGAGUCCACGUGUCCCGGAUCCAGAGUCUGGAACUGGACAAACUGGGAACCUCAGAGCUGCUGCUCGCUAGGACUGUUGGGAACUGUAGUUUUAAUGAGAUCAUGGAAGCUGGUCUACCCUCUCCGUCUCUGAAGCCGAUGGCCUGCAGCGACAUGACGGCGAGGAAGGAGUUCAUCAACGCCAAGUACAUCGACCACAGGUUUGCCAGACCGUCCGUCUCCAUGGUGACCAGCAGGCUGGACAAGUUGUAUGACGCAGUGCAAUCCCGAGACCUUCUGUCAAUCAUCCAGCUGUAUGCUGAGGGGGUGGAGCUUCUACAGCCCCUCCCUGAACCAGGCAAGGAAGCAGGAGAGACUGCGUUACAUUACUGUGUUCGGACAGCUGAUCCCUCCUCCCUCCACCUGGUCGACUUCCUGGUCCAGAACAGUGGUCACCUGGACGGACAGACAGACGGGGGGAACACAGCUCUGCACUGCUGCUGUCUCUACAACAAACCUCAGUGUGUGAAGCUGUUGCUAAGAGGAAAACCAGAUCUCCACAUCACCAAUCAGAGUGGAGAGACAGCACUGGACAUCGCCCGCAAACUGAAGAACUCCCAAUGUGAAGAGCCGCUGGUGGAGGCCGUGUCUGGCAGGUUCAACCCUCAUGUUCAUGUGGACUACGACUGGAACCUCAGACUGGACGAGCUGGACGAGAGUGACGAAGACCUGGACGACAAGCCCAGUCCGAUGAAGAAGGAGCGUUCUCUCCGUCCUCAGAGUUUCUGUCCGUCCUCCAGCACCUCCUCUCAGGAGAAACUUUCUCUGCCGACCUCCUUCAUUCCUCCUCACAGGAACAAGCAGCGUCUCUCCUACGGAGCGUUUGCCAACCCCAACUACAGCACCUCCUCUGAAACUCCUCCUUCCCCUGGACCUGACACCUCAGGACCUUCACCGGCUGCCAGGAGUAAGGGGAAAGGCCCACCCACCUCCCUCCCCCUCACCUCCCAGAUCAGUGGAGGAGGAAGGGCUUCAGGAGGAGGAAGCUCCACCCUGAAGAAGAGACCCCCUCCCCCUCCACCCGGGCACAAGCGCACCCUGUCCGACCCCCCCAGCCCCGUCCUGCAGGGACCUCCAGGUAAAGGAUGUGAGAUGACCCCCCCACCUGGAAACAGGAUGUCACCUGUCAACAAGUUUGAGGGGAUCCAGCAGCAUCAGAGUACGACCUCCAGUCACACCAAGUCCACACUGGGACCCAGAGUUCUGCCCAAACUACCUCAGAAAGUGUCUCUCAGAAAGAUUGACACCAUCCACCUUCCAUCUCUGGACAAAUCCAGCCAGCCUCCAGACCCCAUCCACAAACCCACCUCCUCCCCCUCUCUCCACCCUGAUCUCCAGAAGUCCCCUCCAUUUAUUGAUGCCUCCCCUAAAUCCCCCCUCACCCCAAUGGACUCCACCCAGAGAACCCUAUUGGCUGAGAAGCCCCAGCUGUCCAACCUCCCUCCCAAACCUCACCUGUCUGACCUCCCCCCGAAACCCCUUCUGAAAGACCGCCCCCCCAAACCCCAGAUCACAGACCCCCCCCCCAAACCGCUGCUCAGUGACAGGCCUUGCCCCACCCCUGUUGCUAUGGAGACACAGGGAUCCAAGGCAGCGGCAGUAGCAGAAAGCCAGUCAAGGGAGGGGUCACCUGGACCAGCAGGUGAAGACGACGAGGAGUCAACACCUGAAGCGGCGGAGACGCCCGUCCCCCUGCCGAGGAAGAUCACCUCUGUGAGGAGCAAGAUCAGGAGGGUGAAGACCAUCUACGACUGUCAGGCCGACAACGACGACGAGCUCACCUUCACAGAGGGGGAGGUCCUCAUUGUCACUGGGGAGGAGGACCAGGAGUGGUGGAUCGGACACGUUGAGGGACACCCCGAGAGGAAAGGUGUCUUCCCCAUGUCUUUUGUUCACAUCCUCUCUGAUUGA